AUGUCGCCGCCGUCAGCCGUCGCCUCUCUUAGCUCAGGUGGACAGCUGCCCUCUGCAGCGCCUGCGGCGGAGCGUCCGCAAGAGCAGUCACGGGCACCCCCAGCGGCGACGGCGCUCAUCUCGACGAGCCAAGCGGCGCACGACCCCGGCGCGGGCGCACCUGGCUUAUCGCAUUUCGAUGUCGCUACCCCCCUCCUCCUUGAAGACCGACGCUUCGCGCGGCGGGACGCCGGCAUCUGCGGCACCGACAGCUACACGAUGCACAGCGAUAGCACGCAUAGCAGCAACCUUACUAUGAGCUCCGCCUACGCCGAUGCCGAGGGGCACAGGAAUGCCGGCAACGCCGCCGUGAACAGAGGCGGCAGCAGUAGCAGGUCUAUGGAGAGUGAUGUAGGCGACUUCGCCAGCGAGUAUUACGGUAGCAUGCCCACCUCCGGCCUCGGACACGACGGGCACGGCCGCGCCGACGACGUCCACACGGGCAACCUGAGAGCCCCCUUCGACCGCAGCAGCGCACUAGACUACUGGGAUACCGUGACCACGACUUCGUUCUCGGAGUCCCAUACACUGACGACUAAGCACGGCGGCGGCGCCGACGACCUUGCAAGCCCGACGGCUGGCGGUGCCGGAUGGACUCAUAAGGACUCCAGCACGUGGCUCGACCAACUCGGGGCGACUAUUUCUCGCGAUAUGAUCGAGCGGCGCCGCCGCUGGGGCAGCGUGGUGCUGGAGAUUGCGAUCCCGCUUGUGUGCACGGUCUGUGUGGUGGCGCUGUGGGCCGCCUUCGGCGUUACUUCCUCGCCGGACUACAGCUCGCUGGCCUCUAUUGGUGAUAAAGGAUACAACUUCGCGGCUGGCAGGUACCUGGCGGAACUCUGCUACAACGAGACGUGGUUUGGGGAGCGGAACUACAUCGACGGACUGCGCCCCUGCAGCAGCCUAGACGCUGCGUCACUGAGAUCAGUGAUCUGCAACACGGUCGGCGAGGAGGAGCUGCCCGUGAAGGGGCUGUGCUACAGACAAGGGGGCCGGGGGCUUGCUGACUUUCUCAGCGGUAUGCGCAACGGCCUCGCGCGGGUGAUGCCGCUAGACGACAUCAUCGCCCGCCAGUGGAUGGCCAAAAAGUUGUCCUUAACGGAUUCGGCGGCGAUGGCGCUGCUGAUCGGCGCGGGGUUCUUCUCCCACACGCGCAUCAACGCUAUCGCGUCGUCCGGCAAGCUGUACUUCGCCCCAAGCGAAAACGUGCCACUCGACAUGCUCCAGUACCUGUCCAACAACUCUAGGUUUUUCCAGUACGUGUACAACGAUACCUUCGACACCGUCGAGGAGGCGCACCGCGUGAUCAAGAGCGGCGAGCGUGGACCCACAUGGGCUCUCGUGAACAUCCGCCAGCUGGACGAGAACGGCUUGGACUUGUCUAUCGAAAUGGCCUCGACAGCGCUGCCGGCGUUGACGGGGAUGGUGGACAAGGCGUACUCCGGCGGCGGGGGCUACGAUCGAUCCAACAUGUAUUACACGAGCGGCUACCCGUCCUUGAUGGACGCACUUGUGAAGUACUACCUCAUGUCCCUGUACGCGGCCGGCGCAACGCGCGCUGAAACGGGCAGCGUUCAGGCCCUGGCCGAGAGGCGGGCGGAGCAACAGCAGCGGCAACAGGCGCAGGCAGCGGCUGACGACUCGGUGGACGUGGUUCUGGAUACGCACAAACUGCUCAACGCUGUGCGGGCGGCGCGGGAACCAGUGGGCAGCGGUACCCAGUUCUUCACCGAUGUCGCCGAGCUGGGCAACUCCUCGGCGGCCGUGACGUCACAGAAAGCCUCUCGCAUCCUGGCGACGAGCGCGGCCCUUCGCGCGAAGACGAGCUUCACGAUCUUCCUGGGCAGCAUGCCAUGGGUGCCCUUCAAGACGAGCCAGGUGCUGACUUCUGCGAACACCAUCAUCGGCUUCGUCAUUGUGAUGGCGUUUCUCUACCCUGUCUCGCAGUUGACGCGGCGGCUCGUGCUAGAGAAGGAGCGGCGCGUGCGGGAGGCGACGCUGAUCAUGGGGCUCAGGCCGGUAUAUUUUUGGUGCAGCUGGUUCCUUUACAGCGUCGCCCUCAUGCUCACGAUCUCCCUCUUCAUGACGCUGCUGAUGUGCACAACGUUCCUGACGAAGAGCGAUGCCUCAUGCGUGCUUCUUGUCCUUGUCAUGUUCUCCCUCACGUGCGUGCCGCUGUCGGGGCUGAUGGCCACUCUCUACAACACGUCGCACAUGGCGGUUCUCAUGACGCCACUCCUCUACUUUGCCAUGUCUCUGCUGGUCUUCGCGAUCUAUUCGGCCAGUCCGGCCGUCUACCUCGGCCUCAGCAUCUUCUCGCCCACCUGCUUCGCGAUCAUCCUGCAGAUCAUGCUCGCCCGGGAGAGCGGCGACGGCUUUGCGACGAGGAUCUUUCUGGACCCGAACGACAACCCCAACACCGCCACGCUCUUGGGAUUCCUCGUCCUGGACUUUGGUGUGUAUCUGCUGCUCAUGUUCUACCUCGAUGCGGUGCUGCCCAAGGCGGUUGGUGUGUCGAAGCACCCGCUCUACUUCAUCCUAGAACCGGCCCGGCAUUGCCGUCGCAGGCGUGCGGAAAGGGCGUGGCAGGCGGAACAGCGGCGGCGUCAAGCGGCGUCUGCCACCGACGGCGGCAGUGGUGCAAGGGAGGCCCCGCAGCCGCCACCGACGCAGAGGAGGAGGACUCAUGAUCCCAAAGAGGGGACGCACGGCGGCAGCGAUGGCUCGUGCUGCACUGGGUACAACGUUGCAACGGAUGACGCCGACGAGGACCUGUGCGACGGCGAGGACGCCCGUGAUCCGAACGGCGUGUACGAGGCGGAGACCUUCACGCCGGAACAACUGUCCGUGCGCAUUAUCGGCCUCCGCAAGUGCUUCGAGCACGGUGGCCGCCGCUUCGUUGCGGUGCGGAACUUCUGCUGGCAGCUGCCGAACGCUGGCAUCUCCGUGCUGCUGGGGCACAACGGCGCCGGCAAGUCGACGCUGAUCAACAUGAUGACGGGCAUGCUCUACCCGGAUGGCGGGGACUGCUACAUCGGCGGCCACUCCAUCCGCUCCGAUCUGGCGCGCGCCCGCCACCAGAUCGGUUUCUGUCCACAGCACAACAUUCUCUGGCCGGAGCUGACGUGCCGUGAGCACCUCGAGUUCUUUGCGCGGCUGAAGGGGCUGCGCGGGGCUGCGCUGGAGGAUGCUGUGAUGUACACCCUCAAGGAGGUGGAUCUUGUGGCGAGGCAGAGCGACACGACGCGCGUUCUCUCGGGUGGCAUGAAGCGGAAGCUCUCGGUCGCCAUCGCGUUUGUAGGUGGCAGCAGCCUCGUCUUCCUCGAUGAGCCGACCGCCGGCAUGGACGUGGCGGCGCGGCGGCACACGUGGAGGCUGUUGCUGCGCAUGUCGCGCAGCCGGAGCGUACUGCUGACCACGCACUUUAUGGACGAGGCGGACUUGCUCGGUGACCGGGUGGCCAUCAUGAGCCGUGGCCAGCUUAAGUGCGCUGGCAGCUCGCUCUUCUUGAAGUCGCGCCUGGGUAUCGGGUACAACAUCACCAUCUCUGUCGACGAGCUGCUACGCGUCCGUGACCUCGAUGUCUUUUUGCAGCAGCACGUGCCGCAGGCGGAGCGCUUGACAAGCAGUGGCGGCGAGGUCGGCUACCGCCUGCCUGCGAAGCAUGUGGAGCGCUUCCCAGGACUGCUGAGCGCGCUCGACAGAGUUGGGCCGCUGAUCGGCAUUCGUGGCUACGCCAUCUCUCCCACAACGCUGGAGGAGGUGUUUCUGACGAUCGCCCGCGACGCCGCGGAGGAUGACAAGAGGCGAGCGAAGGCGGAGAGCGCAGCCGCCGUGGCUGCCGUGGCGGACAAGAAAAGUUGCCCGCCAGACCUCUGGCAUCGUUCACGCUACUGCUGCUUCUGCCGCGGUGGCGGUAAGGGCCAGAGCGACCACUCCUCCAGCGACGAGUUCGACUGGGGCGAUGAUGACGAGGACAGCCAUCGCAACGCCGGCUACUUGCGCGACACCUCCGGCGUGCACCCGCCGGAGGUGUCCCUGUACUCAGCGCUGGACCGAAAUAUCAGCCCGAUGCAGCAUCAGUCAGCGUCCUUGGCCGCCGUCUCGGAGCAGCUUCCGAGUUGCUCGAGCCCAACGAGGACGGGCUACACGGGGGGCUGCAAUCGCAAUAAUACGCGCACCUCGGGAAGCUGCACACCCUCCAUGUCCUCGUUGUGGCUCGCGAGACCGGCGACGUCUGCCGCUUCCAAAGCCGGCGACCGUGCAUCACAGGAGGACGUGGUCGGCAGCGGAGAGCCAAUGCAGUCGACAGCAGAGCAUGCGAUGACAGCGAGCUCGGCGGACGUGGAACACUCUCUACCGCGUGUCCCGGCCGCGGCAGCUGCAACGACAACGGUGGCGCUGACGAGAGCGAAGGAUGCUUUGCCGGGUGAUAUUAUCUGGAACUGCGAGGUUGCUUUCUCGACUGCGGCUGUGAGUCUCCUGCAGACGGAGGCAAUGAUGCGCAAGCGGUUCUGCAACAUGAAGCGCGAUCGCAAGGCGCUCUGCUUCCAGAUGGUCUGCCCCGCCGCAUGCAUCCUGCUAGCGAUGCUGCUGAACGUGGCGGGAACGUAUACCGUCAGAGAGCUGAGGCUAAACACGAGCAACUACCCAUACGACACGCUGUGGGACACGACGGGCUGUGCGGGCUACUUCAACGGAAGCUUCAGCGACGUGGCCGCGUCGCUUGCACGAAACCAGCGCACGCGCGACUUGCGCAUGACAAGUCUGUCGGACUUCUACUACUUCCUCCAAGACGAGUGGUUUGCGCACGGCAAAGUCGGCAAGUACAGCGGCCUCGCGUGCGGCGACCCUGUGGUGGCGAUGCUGCCUUCUAUCGAUCUUAACCCCGUCGUGUUGCUGACGAACUACUCCGCCUAUCACGAGUUUCCUAUAGCCAUGUCGAACUUCUACAAUCUGCUCUUGAAGGAGGCUCGCGGCCCAUCCGUGUCCAUCACGGCGAGCGCCGGCACGCUGCCGUCGAGCUUCGCGCUUGCCUCCGAGAGAAGCAUCAAGCUGCUGCUGACGGCCAUCAUCAUUCUAGUGCCCUUCACCUUUCUCCCCGCGAACUGCGUGGCCUGGGUGGUGAAGGAGCGGGAGUGCCGGUCGCGCCACCUGCAGGAUAUCUGCGGCCUGCGCUACCUCGUCUACUGGUUCAGCAACUUUGUUUUCGACUUCACGGCGUACGCCGUGACGAUGCUGCUCGUUGUGACGAUUUUAGCUGUCUUCCGACGCGAGGAGUACAUCGGCGUCGACACUGCUGGCGCGACUUUCACGCUGCUUUCGGUCUUCGGCUUCUGCAGCACGACCACGGCGUACUUUCUGCAGUUCUUCUUCGCAACCCACUCAAGCGCGCAGAGCAUCGUGAUGGCGACCGGCUUCAUUACCGGCUUCCUUCUGGUCAUCAUUGUAUUCGUGCUUCGACUCUUGCCGUCGACAGAGGCGACGUCGCACAGGUUGGGCUGGGCGUUCCGCAUCUUUCCCACCUACGCCGUCAGCGAAGGCAUCGUGAAUCUCGCCCUGCUCUCGCACUUCCAAUCGUCGGACGAGAGCUUGACAGCCUUCUCCAUGCAGACUAUAGGCUGGCCGUGCGUGUACAUGGCGGUGGAGGGGCCGCUGUUUCUCAUUCUUACGCUGCUGAUCGACCACCCACACUGGCGAAUGAGGCUGCUGCUGCGUGGCGGCGACGCGCACCGUCGGCGUCAUGGCAGCCAUCAGCACGGAGAGCAACCCGACGCGAGUGAGAGUACCGAUGACGGUGUCGACGAGGAUAGCGACGUCGAGGACGAGCGGGUCGAGGUGCAGCGGCGCAUAGAGGCAUACCGCGAAGACCUGAAGCGGCAGGAGAACAUGUACAAGGUGAGCGAUGCUGCCGACUCCGCAUCCGUUGAGAUGGCGGCGACGAGCACAGCUGGGGGCACCGGCGGUGACUUCUCGAGCUUCGGCGCUAAGCUGCCUAUCAUCGACGCCGUCGCGGUCGUCGGCUUGCGCAAGCAGUAUGAUAACGGCAAGGUGGCGGUGCACGAUCUCUCCUUCGGCGUCGUGCCGGGCGAGGUCUUUGGCCUUCUCGGCACGAAUGGCGCUGGCAAGACAACAACGAUGUCGAUCCUGUGCCAGGAGUUCUAUCCCACCACUGGGCAUGUCUACGUGUGCGGGUACGACAUUGUGGAGGAAAGUCGCGACGCGCUCCGGUGCAUCGGGUAUUGCCCCCAGUUCGACGCAACGCUGGACCUGCUGACGGUGGAGGAGCACCUGAGUGUCUUUGCCGGCAUCCGCGGCAUCGUGCGGGAGCAGCAGAAGGACGUCGUGCGCGCGCUGCUGCAGCUGACUGGUCUGCGCGAAUACCGUCACACAACGUCGGCAGCGUUGUCGGGCGGCAACCGCCGGAAGCUGAGCGUCGCGCUGUCGCUGAUUGGUGGGCCGCCGGUGGUCAUUUUCGACGAGCCGUCGGCGGGCAUGGAUCCCGUCGCUCGGCGUGAGAUAUGGACGUCGAUGCAGGCCAUUCGACACCGCUGCUCAAUCAUUUUGUGCACGCACCACCUCGAGGAGGUGGAAGCCCUUGCCGACUGUGUGGCCAUCAUGGUGGACGGGCGACUGCGCUGCAUCGGCAGCAAGGUGCAUCUGAGACAGAAGUACGGCAGCGGCUUUGAGAUGACCAUCCGCGUGCAGCCGCCGACCACCGUCGACGUGAGCUCCUCCACCGCGGCGGAUGCGAGGCAGCGCAAGCGAGCUGCCGAGGCGGCGCUGGAGGCGAUCAAAGCGCGGCUCAUUGUUUUCGUCGCUUCCUCGUUUCCGUCCUCACAGGUCAGCGAGGUGCGUGGCAAGCGACUUGUCUUUACACUGCCCAAGAACACGAACCUGCCGAGCGUCUUCGAGUGUUUGCAGGCAAACCGCGACGCACUCUGCAUUUCUGACUACACGGUGUCGCAGACAAGUAUUGAGCAGAUAUUCAUGCGCGUCAGCGGCGAGGUGGAGAAGGCGGAGAAGGUUCGCACCGCCUUGUCAGAGCGGCGGCGUGAUGUCGAGAACGCCUUGCGACGGAAGCAUGAGCAGCUGCACCUCAAGAGAGAAGAGUCUUCCGAGGGGCAACGUGCAUAG